AUGGCCGUCUCUAGGUGAUUUAGCACCGCCAGUCUCGAGCAGGUGUCCAACAUGGCGAUCACGGGGAACGGAUCUCUCACUUUUUCUCUAUCUAUAUUCGUGAUUUCAGCAGCGUUUCUUCUGAAAGGAUCUGCUGAAAUCAUGUCAGUCGAAGGGCAGAAUCUCGGUACGGAUAAUGUGUCCGUGGUUGAGGGAGAGACGGCGACCAUCAGCUGCAGAGUGAAGAACAACGACGACUCUGUCAUCCAGCUCCUCAACCCCAACCGACAGACCAUCUACUUCCGUGAUGUCAGACCCCUGAAGGACAGCCGGUUCCAGUUGGUCAACUUCUCAGACAAUGAGCUGCGGGUGUCUCUGUCCAACGUGUCCCUCUCAGACGAAGGACGCUACGUUUGCCAGCUUUACACAGAUCCACCCCAAGAAGCCUACGCUGACAUCACUGUGCUGGUUCCACCAGGCCUCCCGAUGAUCGAGUCCAGGGAGGAGGUGGUCAGUGAGGGGAACGAGACGGAGCUCACCUGCACAGCCAUGGACGGCAAGCCGGCGCCCACCAUCAGAUGGAUGAAGGGGGAGCAGGACUUGACAGGCGAGUCCGAGGUGGAAGAGACGUAUAACAAGAUGUUCACCGUCAGCAGUCGUGUGAGCUUUACCGUGGCCAAGGAGGACGAUGGGGAGCCGGUGAGCUGCAUCAUAGACCACCCGGCCGUGAAGGAUCUCAGAGCUCAGAGACACCUGGAAGUGAUGUAUAAACCGGAAGUCAAGAUAGUUGUGGAAUUUCCGGAGGGUUUAACGCGAGAGGGAGACAAUCUAGAACUGUCAUGCAUAGCAGAGGGCAAACCACACCCUCAUCAGAUCAGCUGGCUGAGAGUAGACGAUGAUGUGCCUUCGCACGCCGUCAUCACAGGCUCUGACCUCUUCAUCGAAAACCUCAAUAAAUCCUACAACGGCACGUACCGCUGUGUGGCCGCCAACGCCGUGGGGGAGGCCUAUGAUGACUACAUCCUCUUUGUAUACGAUUCUCCCACUUCUAUCCCCACACCUACCACCAUCAACCCAGACUACACCCAAGACUCUAGAGCAGGCGAGGGGACACAACAGAAACUGGACCAUGCUGUCAUUGGAGGGGUGGUUGCCGUGGUGAUGUUUGCCAUCCUCUGUGCACUCAUUGUCUUGGGACGAUACUUUGCCAGACACAAAGGCACCUACUUCACGCACGAAGCCAAAGGCGCUGAUGACGCGGCGGACGCCGACACGGCCAUCAUCAACGCUGAGGGGGGCCACAACAACACAGACGAGAAGAAGGAGUACUACAUCUAAACUGAACAGGCC